GUUGUCUCGUUACUAGGCACCAUGUCACGCUGACAGAAACCAGCUGGAGCCCGCUAGCGAACAUUUUGUUUUUAAUGCAGCUUUACGUUCAUAUUCCUCAAUCUUCUCAACGGAACAUAUCCUCUCUGCAGAAGUAUAUGCAACCGGUUCGUGAAACGCGACCCACCGACAAGGUUCACCAUGUUGGCCAAGGCUGCCUUGCUCAACCCCGGUGAAUUUGAAGGUGAAGUGGAUCAUUCGUUUUUUGACAGUGACUGUGAUGAGAGCAGUGUCAGCAGAGAUGGAGGGGAAAAGAUGGAGCAAGUCCUGGAGGCUAAAAAGGAGAGCUCACCAGCGCAUGAGAGGCUACAUGCAAAACAGACAGAGAAUACAAAAGAUUGCUGGUCCCCGAGGUCUGACAGGACAAAAAACCACCUGAAGCCAGUCGACAACAGUAGCAGCAUUUCAGAAAGUAUAGAGAACAGCUGGCGAUUAAAAGAAGAUGAGAGGAGCAGGACAUCCAGCAUAUCAUCUGUCGCCUGUACAUCAGAUAAAGUCAUCAAUAAUAGCAGUGAUAGUGAGGAAGCAUCUAAAAGACCCAAUGGAAAAUUUUUGGCUUUAUUGGCUGAUGCUGGGGGGGUAGAUUAUAAGGAUGAGUACAGCCAGAGUCAGAAUGAGUCUGAAGAAGAAUUGUCAUUCCCAUCCAGUCACUCAGGCCCAAAAGGGAGAAAUAAACAGUCUCCUAAAAAAGUUAUAAGAAAUCGGCGCACCCGAAGUCCAUCCCCAACUUCAACCGAGAGCAGUGGAGACGCAGAUUCAGAGAGCUCCUAUAGCAGUAGCAAUAGGAGAAGCAGUUUGGAUUCCCCCACGUUUGCCAGGCCAAACAAGCCGUCUUUAUCCCCUGGAGUGAGAAGGACCCAAAUGAGCUCAACAGGUUCUCAAGAUGUGCUUAUCAGCCGUCCAGAGGAGUCAGAGGAUACAGUGACAGAUGUGAGCCCCCUCUCCUCUCCUGAUUUCAGCCCUCUCCAGUCCUUGGACCUGAACCACACAGAGCCUGAAGAGGAAAGCCUUAAAAAGCAGCAGCAGGAGAGUGUGCCCUCCAGCCGCAUCAGUGACAUGCACCAAGAUGAGGAUUCAGAUCAGGAUGUAGAUGAGUGCUCCCUCAGUCCAGAGAGUCAGCUUGGAGGCAAACUGGUCUUCCGCUGUCCUGCAAUGAGAAACAGGAAAAACUACUCGUUUACUAAUGAUGAGGUCCUGCGCAUAGAUCGUGAGAACCAGCGUCUACUCCGGGAACUUUCACGCCAUUCUCCAGGGCCCAGACCAGGAAGUUCAGCGAGGAAGAAAACCCAGACGGGCAGUAACUCACCUCAUGUCCGCCUCUCUCACAGUGCACUCAACAGGCAACGGGAACAGCAACGCAUCGAGAGGGAGAACCUGGCUUUCCUGAAGAGACUGGAGUCCAUCAAACCUACGCCUGGCCUAAAGCGUGCAGAACAGCUGGAAGACUACCAGCGACACAUUGGAUACGUUGGUGCUCCUUCGUACCCCGUCUGUAUGUCCACCACCAGGAAAGAGAGGUGUACCAGUAAGACACCCUCAGGUCAGAGGCCAGCCAGUUCUGCCCACCAUGGCCCCAGAGCAGCUUCCAUCACCAGUGACUCCGGCAAAACACCCAGGUCAAAAAAACUUAGUGCAGUCAGACCAGCUUGGUGCUGAGAACACUAAUCUAAUCUACAGAGAAGCACAUCACUGGUUACCUUUAGUGAUAAGUUAUUAUCCAUUCAUCACAAGAGGUUAUUUCAAAGGUACUAUGCUUAAAGCUUCUUUUAGGUUCACUGUACUUUAAGUUCAGAUAAUCAACUAUUCAGUGAUCUGUGUUAUCAGGCUUAUCAAUAUAAAGAAAAUUGACUUUUUUCCACAUUUUGUCCACACUCUGAUGCUGAAAUAUAACAAAUGGUGAUCUGCGCUCAGAACUAUCAAACUUAGAUUAGCUCAGUUGUUGCUUCUGAAUACUGCAGUAACUCUUCAUGACAGCUUAUUGUAAUAAAUGUUGCCUAUUCUUCAACAGCUGUGUUGAAACAACAAACAAUGUUUCCAUUAAAUCUGCUAUUUUUUAGUUUGCCCUUUUUCUCAUAUUUAUACAAUUUAUGAUGCACUAGUCUUGAGAAUUGUUUUUAAAUAAUAAAAAAUAUAUUUG